GCAGGGAGGUACUGUCGUCUGCAUAUUGUGUUAUUUAUGGUUGUGUUUACAAUCGAAAUUUGUUCCAAUUCGGUUCUAGCAAAAUGACUUAAUUUAAGUAACGCAAUGUUUGGUUGGAUAUGUUAAUGUAUGUAAUAGUAAGUGAACAUCCUUCCUUUUAAAAAAAAUGGAUGUUAAACAAGAAUUAAAAUUGAAAGGAAUGUUCGCGGAGUACGCGUGCAGCAAGCACAAGGAGGAGCUCGCGGCGAUCCUCGACGCGGAGGACGAGAUGCAGCACUACUCGCUCGAAGUCAACUUCGUGACGCUGUACGAGACGAGCCCGGAGCUGGGGGACGGGAUCCUGGCGAGCCCCAACGCCGUGCUGGCGCUGUGCGACGCGGCGCUCGUCCAGGCCCAGCGCCGCGUCCUGCCCGACCCCCCGCCCGCGCGCCCGCCCGUCAAGCUCAACGUCCACGCGCGCGUCACAGGGCUGCCAACCUGCCCGGAGCUGCUGCGCACGAUGUUCCCGCGCAGCGAGGACCUGGGCAGCUUCCUGCAGGUGUCGGGCACCGUGGUGCGCAUCGUCACGCCCAAGAUCCUGGAGUUCCGGCGCGAGUACGUCUGCUCCAAGUGCCGGCGCGCCUUCCAGGCACAGGCGAACUACGAGCAGUUCUACGUCAUGACGCCGCCCACGAGUUGUCCGAACCCGGAGCCUUGCAAGGGCACGAACUUCAAGGCCGUGAAGACGAUAGACCAGCAGAACUGCAAGGACUACCAGGAGAUCCGAAUACAGGAGCAAGUGACGAAGCUGAAAGUCGGCAUGAUCCCGCGGUCCAUGUGGGUCACCCUGGAAGACGACCUCGUGGACUCGUGCAAGCCGGGUGACGACGUGCUGGUGUGCGGCACGGUGAUGCGGCGCUGGCGCCCCCUGGCGCCGGGCGGCCGCUGCGACAUCGAGCUGGCGCUGAAGGCCAACCACGUGCAGGUGUGCAACGACCAGCGCGCGGGCGUGCUCCUGACGCAGGAGGCGCGCGACCAGUUCCGGCGCUUCUGGGACGCCCACGCCCGCGCGCCCCUUGUCGCCAGGGACCUCAUCCUGGCCUCCCUCUGCCCGCAGGUGUACGGGCUGUACCUGGUGAAGCUGGCGCUGGCGGCCGUGCUGUGCGGGGGCGUGGCGCGCCAGGAGCAGUCCGGCUGCCGGCUGCGCGGCGAGGCACACCUGCUGCUGGUGGGGGACCCGGGCACCGCCAAGUCCCACCUGCUGCGCUGCGCGGCGCGCGUCUCCCCGCGCUCCGUGCUCACCACCGGCGUGGGCACCACCUCCGCGGGGCUCACCGUCACCGCCGUCCGGGAGAACGGGGAGUGGCAGCUGGAGGCCGGGGCGCUGGUGCUCUCCGACGGGGGCAUGUGCUGCAUCGACGAGUUCAACUCGAUCCGGGAGCACGACCGCGCCAGCAUCCACGAGGCCAUGGAGCAACAGACCAUCAGCGUCGCCAAGGCGGGGCUGGUGUGCAAGCUGAACACUCGCUGCACCAUCGUGGCGGCCACCAACCCCAAGGGCCACUACGACCCUCAGCAGCCCAUGAGCGCCAACGUGGCGUUGGCCAGCCCGCUGCUGAGCCGCUUCGACCUGGUGCUGGUGCUGGUCGACUCCUGCAGCGAGGACUGGGACAGGCUCGUGUCGGGGUUCAUCCUGAAGGGCAGGAACCCCCUGAAGGAGUUCGGGAACCUGUCGCGCGGGGAGGGGUCCCUGUGGAGCCUGGACCAGCUGCAGAUGUACUUCGGCCUGGUGAGGUCGGUGGCGCCCGCGUUCUCGGCCGAUGCCAACGCCACGCUGCGCGCCUACUACCAGGUGCAGCGGCGCGCAGACAACAGGAACGCUGCGCGCACCACGGUGCGACUCCUCGAGAGUCUCAUCAGGUUGUCACAGGCCCACGCCCGCCUCAUGUUCCGGGAGCACGUGGCGGUGCAGGAUGCAGUCGUCGCGAUCCUGCUCGUCGAGUCGUCCAUGCUGGGGUCGGCGCUGCUGGGGGGUGCCGACAUCCUGCACACGGCGUUCCCCGACGACCCCGAGGAGGAGUACCAGCGCCAAGUGAAAAUAGUUCUUGGAAAACUGCAGUUGUUUUCUAUCUUGGAAGAUGAACUGUUGAGAUUGAAACACUUAAACAUGCCCGAGACACCCCCGGGGAGUAACGUGAAGGCGACGGAUGUAGUUGCGUCGCAUCACGACGAAGAGGUCAGUUACUCUCCGAGAGACGGGGCCCUUGGGUCGGAUGCGCCAGAGCGCGAAUGUAACGUGCCCGGAGGCAGCGUGGACCAGACGGUGGCUGCCUCGUCGACGUCGGACCGGCUGAAGGACCUGCUGUCCAGCAUCCGCCAGAAGAGGGACAGGACGGGCUGCGAAGUGGCGGAGCGACAGAGACCCUACGCCAAGAAGGCAGCUGCCAGGAAGAAGGAGAAACAGCGUGACGACUCGUUCGGCCAGAACGGCACGGUCACGGAGACACCUGAGCCAGCGGGCACCACCGGAGACGAGUCUCUCGACGACUGCGCUGUCAAAAGUGUGGCGAAAGCCCGCAAAAACAGCAAAAAACCCAGGAAGAGCGAUAAGGAAUCAGGGGACCGCGAUACGUCGCCCGCAGCCGACGUGUUGCCUGCGACUAAACGAAAAAAGACUCCUAAAAGGAAAACAAAGAAAUGCACGAGCGAAGACAGCAACACCGGCACAAAGCAAAAGAAGACGAGUAUUUGGUCGGAUGUGAGAACCAAUGGCCUUGACUCUGCGGCAGUUAACGGCAGUGGCGAUGUGAUGGGCCACAUAGCUGCUCUGAGGAAGAAUUUUUCAUUUGGCAAAGAUAAAAAGUCUAUUUCUGAGCUGAACACUUCGCGUGACAGUUUGGCCGCAGAACAUGACACGGCAGAGAAGUCCACGGGCGGUCGGCCAGGACAUUCCGACUCCAUCGCAAUGGUCAGCAUGGCUUCCGAGGCUACGGCAUCAGGAGAAGGUGAUGUGCGGAAAACAAACGUCAAACUGUCUACCAGCACUGUGUCUAAACUGCAUACGUUUCGAAUGAACUGUGAAGCACCAUCACCGUCGAUUCAGCAGGUAGAAUCACCAGCAAACUGUUAUAAACGUGAUCUCACUGCAGAGAAUCCAAGUUUAAAAAAGCCUGUUUGUGGACCAUCAAAAUAUGCAUUCAGCUCUCAGAUAUUCAGCACAGCUGAUGACGACGACAUUGAUUUCAAUCUCUGAAUUUUCGGGAAACUCCUUGUACGAUCAUGUUGAGAUUAAAGGGUUGUGUGUUUUUUUAGAAGUGAUUUAUUGGUGGGUACAAGCUUAUCCAAAAUCAUAAUAUGGUGUCAUGCUCUUGUGGAUAUAUCCACUUUAAUUUCUCUCUUAAAUGGCUGCUACGUGCAAAUAAUUUCCAUUUAAUUUUACUAUACCACCUCCUUGUUACAAAAAGUGUAUAGAGUGGAACAUGUUGUUACAAAAAAUUGAUAAUAGCAAAAGAUGAGAAAUUUACUAUAACAUACUUAUGAUGAUAUAUUUUGAUCUUUAUUUGAGUAGUUAAAUAGUGUGAAUCAUGCCUGGUGUAUUAAUUUAUUUUUUACGUAAAAAAAAACUGAUUAGCAAUUAAAAUUAUUUUUGAAACUUUUAUAAAAUAAACAUUGAUUCAGUUGGAUUUAUAAUAAGGCUUACAAUUACUGAAAUGAAAAAAAAAAAUUCUACGCAUUAAAAAAAUUUCAAAGCAUUUACGUGAAACUUAGUUUCAAGUAUGUAUAUUGUAAUGAUGUUUCAUGUUUUUAGUUAUAAACUACAUGCUAAAUUAAUUAAAUUUAUUACAUUUGGGAUGUGAAGAACCAAAUUUUCAUGAUCUGGGUUAAGUUUUGUUCAAUUUAUGUUUUGUUUUAUUUUAUUAAUUAACUUGCAUAUAGGUGAUACAAGGUGUAUUAACUUUCAUUUCAGUGUUAUUUGUUGUAUUGUCACUUUUCAGUGUGCUCUUUUUUUUUCAGUUUAAUUUCAUAUCCCUAUAAAAACUUGUCGCUAUUUAUAAGCAAAAGAGACAAUUUUAUUUGCCAGAGUUUUCCUGCAAUAUAUAAAUGAUAAUUGCUACUUUUUGUUUUUGCAGAUCAAUGUAUAAUUAUUUAACAUAUUUUAUUUGAUAUAGUGAAGCUUUAUUUUGAACAUAGUUAAAACAAGUGUGAAAUUAAAUGUGUAUAGCUUUGUCAUUUACUCCUAUUAUGUAUUUCACGUUAAAAUAAUUUAUUUCUCAUAUUGCCUUUUUUGAAAAUUACUUUAAUGUGCUGCAUACAAGUUCAAUUAACAGUGACAGAAUUAUAAAGAUUUAAUUUUUCAUAAUAUUUUUUGUAGUUAUUUUCAUGUAGUAAAAUUAGAUAAUUAAGUCCAUAGACUCAUAAUUUUUACUUUGAAUAAAUUUUUAUGACCUUAUCUUUAGUCAUGGAGUUAGGUAAUCUCAAAUUUUGAUGUCUAAAAAGUUUUCAAUGUAGUAUUUUUAUUUACCUUUACUUGUUAAUUAAUUGUGAUUAAAAUUUAUCUGUCUGUAUUUGUGAAUGGUAAAAAUUAUCAAUAAAUUUGUGUAUCACAAAAAUAA